AUGGCGGCCACCAAGAUUGAUGGAACUCAGAUUGCCAAGAGCAUUCGGGAGGGCUUGAAGAAUGAGAUCCAAAAGAUCCAGGAGACUAACCCCCGGUUCAAGCCUAGUUUGGUGAUCUUCCAGGUGGGCAAUCGGUCCGAUUCGAGCACAUAUGUGCGCAUGAAGUUGAAGGCUGCGCAGGAGGCAAACAUUCUCUGCAAAGUGGUCAACUUCCCGGAGUUGAUUACCCAGCCCGAGAUCUUGCAGGAGAUCACCCAGGCCAACAAUGACCCCUCUGUCCACGGCAUCCUCGUUCAACUGCCUCUCCCUGCUCACCUGUCCGAACACACUGUCACCUCGGCCGUCGCAGAUGAGAAGGAUGUGGACGGCUUCGGUGCUAUCAACAUUGGUGAACUGGCAAAGCGCGGUGGCCAUCCCCUCUUCGUUCCUUGCACCCCCAAGGCCGUGAUGGCGCUCCUCCAGGCCAGCGGAGUCAACCCUUCGGGCAAAGAAGCCGUGGUGCUGGGCCGCAGUGACAUUGUUGGGAGCCCUGUCAGCUAUCUGCUGAAGAACGCCGACGCUACUGUGACUUUGUGCCAUUCGAAAACCCCCGACCUUGCGCGGAUCGUGAAAACCGCCGAUAUUGUCGUCGCCGCCAUCGGACAGACGGAGCUCGUCAAAGGCGACUGGUUGAAGCCCGGUGCGGUCGUCAUUGACGUUGGUAUCAACUACAAGCCCGAUGCGUCCAAGAAAUCGGGCCAGAGAUUGGUCGGUGAUGUCGACUUCGAGUCUGCUUCGCAGGUGGCCUCUCAGAUCACCCCCGUGCCCGGCGGUGUCGGCCCGAUGACCGUGGCCAUGCUGAUGGAGAAUGUGGUCACCGCAGCUAAGGCUUACUUUGAGAAGCAGAAGGAUAGACAUAUUACCCCCCUUCCCCUGAAGCUGCAGCGCCCUGUUCCUUCCGACAUUGCCAUUUCCCGCGCGCAGUACCCCAAGCCGAUCACACAGGUUGCUUCAGAGAUUGGUAUUGCUCCCCAUGAGUUGGAGCCUUACGGACACACUAAGGCGAAGGUCAGCCUCAGUGUCCUGGACCGUCUGGCGCACCGCCGCAAUGGAAAGUACAUCUUGGUCUGUGGUAUUACUCCUACCCCUCUGGGCGAGGGCAAGUCGACGACGACGUUGGGACUUACGCAGGCGAUUGGUGCUCACCUGAACCGCAUCGUGUUCGCAAACGUGCGUCAGCCCAGCCAGGGACCUACGUUCGGUAUCAAGGGCGGUGCUGCUGGUGGAGGAUACAGCCAGGUCAUUCCCAUGGACGAGUUCAACCUGCAUCUGACCGGCGAUAUCCACGCCAUUACCGCCGCGAACAACCUCCUCGCCGCGGCCAUUGAAACUCGUAUGUUCCACGAGGCUACCCAGAAGGAUGGCGCCCUCUACAAGCGUCUGGUGCCGGCGAAGAAGGGCGAGCGCAAGUUCCAGCCCAUUAUGUUCAAGCGCCUGAAGAAGCUGGGCAUUGAGAAGACCAACCCUGAUGAUCUCACCGAGGAGGAAAUUCGCCGAUUCGCUCGUCUCGACAUCGAUCCCGAGACUAUCACGUGGCGGCGUGUUCUCGAUGUCAAUGACCGCCACCUCCGCGGUAUCACCGUCGGACAGGCGCCCACUGAGAAGGGCUUGACUCGCGAGACUGGCUUCGAUAUCUCGGUGGCCAGUGAGUGUAUGGCGAUCCUUGCGCUGAGCAACAGCUUGGAGGAUAUGCGUGAGAGACUCGGUCGCAUGGUUGUCGCGACUUCGAGAAGCGGCGAGCCAGUCACCUGUGACGACAUUGGUGCGGGCGGUGCUCUGGCUGCGCUGAUGAAGGAUGCCAUCAAGCCCAACCUGAUGCAGAGUCUGGAGGGCACACCGGUCAUGGUACACGCUGGGCCUUUCGCCAACAUCAGUAUUGGUGCUAGCUCUGUGAUCGCCGACAAACUGGCGCUGAAGCUGGCCGGUACCGAGCCAGAAGAAGACCACGAGGCCAAGACUGGAUUCGUGGUGACGGAGGCUGGUUUCGACUUCACCAUGGGUGGUGAGCGCUUCUUCAACAUCAAGUGCCGCUCCUCGGGACUGUCCCCCGACACUGUUGUCAUUGUGGCGACCGUGCGUGCCCUGAAGGUGCACGGAGGCGGACCGGAGAUCAGCCCCGGAGCGCCUCUCCACGAGGUCUACCGCACGGAGAACGUUGACAUCCUGCGGAAGGGCUGUGUCAACUUGAAGAAGCACAUUUCGAACGCGCGGCAGUAUGGGGUUCCGGUCGUGGUUGCGAUCAACCGCAUGGAGACCGACACGGAGGCUGAGAUUGCGGUCAUCCGGGAGGAGGCCAUCGCGGCCGGCGCGGAGGAUGCGAUUGCGGCCAACCACUGGGCCGAGGGUGGAGCGGGCGCGAUUGACUUGGCGAAGGGGGUCCUGGCAGCUAGCUCGAAGCCCAAGAACUUCCAGCUCCUUUACGGGCUGGAAGGCAGCAUCCAGGAGCGGAUCGAGCGGAUCGGCCAGGCGAUGUACGGAGCGGACAAGGUCGAGUUCAGCGAGCUGGCGCAGAAGAAGGUGGACGCCUACACGAAGCAAGGAUUCGCGAAUCUUCCGAUCUGCAUUGCCAAGACGCAAUACUCGCUCAGUCACGACCCGGCAUUGAAGGGAGCGCCGACCGGGUUCACGGUGCCCAUCCGGGACGUGCGCUUGGCGGUGGGCGGAGGCUAUCUGUACGCGUUGGCGGCGGAUAUCCAGACGAUCCCGGGUCUCCCGACGGCCCCGGGCUACCUGAACGUGGACAUCGAUCCCGAGACCGGGGAGAUCGACGGGUUGUUCUAA